UUGAUGAAAACUAAAACGCUGGUCUCGCGGCAGAGUGGGUCAUACGGGGACGACUAUUGCUGGAAAAUGGCAGGUAAUACAGCAACAGUAAUCCGCAACGUCGUUGCUUUGACUUUAGCAGUUUGCGUCGACCUUUCAUUGUUUUACGCAUCAGGAUUUGUCGUGGCUCACAACGUGUUUGGGCAUCUUGCGCGUCUCUGGGUUUCUGCGGCUCUCCGGUGGCUGGCUUUAAUUGCUGUGACUCUGCUCAGCCUCGGACAUCUUAAACCCUUGCUGCUUCGCUUUAUAACGGUGCACAGUCUGCUGCCCGCGGUCUUUGAGACCGGGACCGAAGCGCUUUAUCAUGAGGAGACUCCGUGUGGCUUGCUGGCGGAUAUGAGAUGCUGGCUGAUGUGUGCCGGAGCGUCGCUGGCUGGUGCACUGUUUUGGGAAAUCACCAUCCCGGACACAGAUGAUGCGGCCGCCGGUAAAGAGAAGAAGCAGAAAGCCAGGGUGCUGUUGGUGAGAGUUUUACGCCUAUACAAGCCCGACUAUCUGUUGCUGCUUGGAGGGCUUGUUUUCCUGACGCUGGCUGUUCUGUGUGAGAUGUUCAUCCCUUUUUACACUGGCAGAGUCAUUGACAUCCUUGGCAGUCACUAUCAGCAGUAUAAAUUCUUAUCUGCACUCCUCUUCAUGGGCCUGUUCUCUCUGGGCAGCUCUGUGAGUGCAGGCUGCAGAGGGGGUCUCUUACUUUGUGCCAUCAGUGCCUUCACAUGCAGAGUGAAAGUCAAGCUGUUUGGAGCUUUGACCAAACAGGAAAUUGGAUUCUUUGAGACCAUAAAGACAGGUGAAAUCACAUCCAGGUUGUCUAGAGACACCAACUUGAUGGGAAGAACGGUGUGUCUGAAUGUCAAUGUUCUGCUGAGGACAUUCAUCAAGACACUGGGCAUGAUCUCCCUGAUGAUGAAUCUUUCAUGGAAGCUAACAUUCCUCGUACUGAUGGAGACGCCCAUCACUGGCCUCAUUCAGAACAUCUAUGACACAUACCACCAGCGGCUGUCCCUGGCAGUGCAGGAUUCAAUGGCUCUGGCAAAUGAAGUCGCAAAUGAGGUUGUAUCCGGUAUUCACGUGGUACGGAGCUUUAACGCAGAAAAACAUGAGGCACGUCGCUAUGACAAUCGCUUGAUGGAAACACACAACCUCAAGACCUUCCGGGACACUGUAACGGCUGUUUACCUGCUCUCACGGAGGUUGACAGGUUUGGGUAUGCAGGUCUUUAUGUUGUAUUAUGGCAGGCUGUUCAUCCGGAGUGGACAGAUGACCACUGGCAACCUGGUGUCCUUCAUCCUCUACCAGUCAGACCUUGGAGACAACAUCAGGACACUCACCUACAUCUUUGGCGACAUGCUGAACUCGGUGGGGGCUGCUGGGAAGGUGUUUGAGUACCUGGACCGAAAGCCUGAGGUCAGCAUGGAGGGGAAAUUCAAACCUGAUCAGCUGACAGGUCAUGUCAGUUUCCGAUGCCUCAGUUUCGCCUAUCCUACAUACCCCAACAAAAUAGUGCUGCAGGACUUUUCUUUGGAGCUGAAGUCAGGUCAGAUGACUGCACUGGUGGGUCCAUCUGGAGAGGGAAAAAGCACCUGUGUGAGUCUGUUGGAGCGCUUCUAUGAGCACCAGAGUGGAGAAAUCCUAUUGGACAAUGAGCCACUGAAAUCCUAUGACCACCGUUUCCUCCACAAGAAGAUUGCAGUGGUGAGUCAGGAGCCUGUGCUCUUCUCUGGCUCCAUCAGAGACAACAUCGCCUAUGGACUUGCUGAAUGCUCACUGGACGAGAUCCAGGAAGCAGCACGCAAAGCCUACGCCCAUGACUUCAUCAAGCAGCUGGAGAAAGGCUACGAUACAGAGGUGGGUGAAGGUGGCGGCCAGUUAUCCAAGAGUGAGAGGCAGCGGAUCGCCAUUGCUCGAGCUCUGGUGAGACAGCCACAGGUCCUGAUCCUGGAUGAAAUAACUAGCUCUCUGGAUGCUGAGAGUGAAAAUAAGAUUCAGCAGGCCCUGGCUAGUUUUCCCAACCAGACACUGCUGGUGAUUGCACAUAGGCUGAAGACGAUUGAGAAGGCAGAUCAGAUUGUUGUGAUCGGCGACGGCAGAGUUCAGGAGCAAGGGACUCACGAGGAACUGAUGGACAAGAAGGGGAGCUACUACAAACUGAGAGAGAAGCUCUUCACUGAGGAAAACUCACCACAGUAA